GCGGCAUACGGCCCUCGGGUGGAGGGUCCAGACCCUGCGGACACGCUGACGAACAGCGGCUCCCGCAGGGCGGCUCCCCCCGGGAAUCUGUAUAAGAAGGCUGGCCAGCGGCCAACGAUCCACAGACUCCAUCGGUGCCGGGGACCGAGAACGGCCCCCGGACUUCAGACACCCCAGCAACAACGGGCACUCCCGGGCAUGAUUAAGCUGGCGCCGACCUGGCUAGCGACUCGAACUCACACUGUUACUAUCUCAGGGGUCACGGGCGCGACCAUACGAAAUGCAUGGAAGCUCCUAACCUCCAGUCGACGCGCAACCGGCAAGAAAGAGAACCUAGGACCAGGAAAGGCACCGGCCGCGCAGGAGAAGACCACGGGCUGA